ACGAUGGCCAAGCUACUUCUCGUCACAGGUCUGGCUCUUCUGCUGAAUGCUCAGCUGGGGUCUGCCUACAAUCUGAUAUGCUAUUUCACCAACUGGGCCCAGUAUCGGCCAGGUCUGGGGAGCUUCAAGCCUGAUGACAUUAACCCCUGCCUGUGUACUCACCUGAUCUAUGCCUUUGCUGGGAUGCAGAACAAUGAGAUCACCACCAUAGAAUGGAAUGAUGUUACUCUCUAUAAAGCUUUCAAUGACUUGAAAAACAGGAACAGCAAACUGAAAACCCUCCUGGCAAUUGGAGGCUGGAACUUUGGAACUGCUCCUUUCACUACCAUGGUUUCCACUUCUCAGAACCGCCAGACCUUCAUUACCUCAGUCAUCAAAUUUCUGCGUCAGUAUGGGUUUGAUGGACUGGACCUGGACUGGGAAUACCCAGGCUCACGUGGGAGCCCUCCUCAGGACAAGCAUCUCUUCACUGUCCUGGUGAAGGAAAUGCGUGAAGCUUUUGAGCAGGAGGCUAUUGAGAGCAACAGGCCCAGACUGAUGGUUACUGCUGCUGUAGCUGGUGGGAUUUCCAACAUCCAGGCUGGCUAUGAGAUCCCUGAACUUUCUAAGUACCUGGAUUUCAUCCAUGUCAUGACAUAUGACCUCCAUGGCUCCUGGGAGGGCUACACUGGGGAGAAUAGUCCUCUUUACAAAUACCCUACUGAGACUGGUAGCAAUGCCUACCUCAAUGUGGAUUAUGUCAUGAACUAUUGGAAGAACAAUGGAGCCCCAGCUGAGAAGCUCAUUGUUGGAUUCCCAGAGUAUGGACACACCUUCAUCCUGAGAAACCCCUCUGAUAAUGGAAUUGGUGCCCCUACCUCUGGUGAUGGCCCUGCUGGGCCCUAUACCAGACAGGCUGGGUUCUGGGCCUACUAUGAGAUUUGCACCUUUCUGAGAAGUGGAGCCACUGAGGUCUGGGAUGCCUCCCAAGAAGUGCCCUAUGCCUAUAAGGCCAACGAGUGGCUUGGCUAUGACAAUAUCAAGAGCUUCAGUGUUAAGGCUCAGUGGCUUAAGCAGAACAAUUUUGGAGGUGCCAUGAUCUGGGCCAUUGACCUUGAUGACUUCACUGGCUCUUUCUGUGAUCAGGGAAAAUUUCCUCUGACUUCUACUUUGAACAAAGCCCUUGGCAUAUCCACUGAAGGUUGCACAGCUCCUGACGUGCCUUCCGAGCCAGUGACUACUCCUCCAGGAAGUGGGAGUGGGGGUGGAAGCUCCGGAGGAAGCUCUGGAGGCAGUGGAUUCUGUGCCGACAAAGCAGAUGGCCUCUACCCUGUGGCAGAUGACAGAAAUGCUUUUUGGCAGUGCAUCAAUGGAAUCACAUACCAGCAGCAUUGUCAAGCAGGGCUUGUUUUUGAUACCAGCUGUAAUUGCUGCAACUGGCCAUGAACCUAAUGCCAUUCUUCCAGAAAUUUCUGCACUCUCCUUUACUCCUCACCAAAAGUAACUAUCUUCCCUUUAACCUUAUGCAAUAAAAUUGGUAGCCAAAA